AUGGGGCUGUUCGUUACAAAUUUUAACAUUUCCUGUUUCGUAGAUUUCGCCAAUACGAAGAAGAGGAAGUUUGUGUGUGGAAUUUGUGGCAAAGGAUACUUUCGGAAGGAUUACUUGCAAAGUCAUAGGAUGAUUCACACCGGAGAAAAGCCGUUCAGUUGCCAGUUAUGUGGAAAAAGAUUCAUUCAAAGUGCCCAUCUACGAACUCACCUGAGGAUUCAUACCGGAGAGAAGCCUUUUACGUGCGACCAUUGCCAACGAAGCUUUAAUCAAAGACAAAAUCUUGUAAGGCAUCUUCGCAUCCACACGGGAGAAAAGCCGUUUAAGUGCGAUCAUUGUUUUCGACAGUUCUCUAACAAACGUAAUUUAAAUUCUCACAUUAAACGCCAUAGCAGAGAGAACAAUAAAAAUAUUUAUGGAAAGUCAGUUGCUACAAACAACACAAACGGUUCCAAUAUUUGGAGUAAUUCUGGCUAUAAAAGUGAAAUAGAUGCGGAAUUGUUGGGAGUAAAGGCAAUAUCACAUGAUUUCUGUUUGCUCAACACUCCAGUUACUUGCACCACCGAAGAGAAAACGGAGUAUAAAGCACUCACCAUCUAUUUCGCCAAUACGAGAAGCAAGAAAUUUGUGUGUGGAAAUUGUGGCAAAGAAUUCUCUCGGAAGGACUACUUGCAAAGUCAUAGGAUGAUUCACACAGGAGAAAAGCCGUUCAGUUGCCAGUUAUGUGGAAAAAGAUUCAUUCAAAGUUCCCAACUACGAAAGCACUUGAGGAUUCAUACCGGAGAGAAGCCUUUUACCUGCGACCAUUGCCAACGAAGCUUUACACUAAGAGAAAAUCUUGUAAAACAUCUUCGCAUCCACACGGCAGAAAAGCCGUUUAAGUGCGAUUAUUGUUUUCGAAAGUUCUCUGACAAAAGUAAUUUAAAUCGUCACAUUAAACGCCAUAGCAGAAAAAAUAUUAAAUAUAAUUUCGCCAACAUGAAGAAGAGGAAGUUUGUGUGUGAAAAUUGUGGCAAAGGAUACUUUAGGAAGUACCACUUGAAACGUCAUAGGAUGAGUCACGCGGGAGAAAAGCCGUUCACUUGCCAGUUGUGUGGAAAAAAAUUCAUUCAAGCUUCCGAACUACGAAGGCACCUGAGGACUCAUUAUGGAGAGAAGCCUUUUACAUGCUACCAUUGCCAACGAAGCUUUACUCGAAGACACAAUCUUGUAAGGCAUCUUCGCAUUCACACGGGAUAUUUCGCCAAUACGAAGAAGAGAAAGUUUGUGUGUGGUAAUUGUGGCAAAGGAUCAUCUUAUGACGUUGCAAGUGGUCCUUCCGAGGGAUCACGGUGGUUCCCUCGGAAGGACCACUUGCAACGUCAUAAGAUGAUUCAUACGGGAGAAAGGCCGUUCAGUUGCCAGUUAUGUGGAAAAAAAUUCAUUUAAAGUGCUCAUCUACAAACGCACCAGAAAAUUCAUACCGGAGAGAAGCCUUUUACAUGCGAUCAUUGCCAACGAAGCUUUACACUAAGAGAAAAUCUUGUAAAACAUCUACGCAUCCACACGGGAGAAAAGCCGUUUGAGUGCGAUUAUUGUUUACGAAAGUUCUCUGUCAAAUGUAAUUUAAAUUCUCACAUGAAACGGCGUGGCAGAGAGAAUUUUAACAUUUUCUGUUUCGUAGAUUUCGCCAAUACGAAGGAAAGGAAGUUUGUGUGUGGAGAUUGUGGCAAAGGAUUCUCUCGGAAAUACGUCUUGCAACGACAUAGGAUGAUUCACACGGGAGAAAAGCCGUUCAGUUGCCAGUUAUGUAGAAAAAGGUUCAAUCAAAGUUCGGAUUUACGAAGGCACCUGAGGAUUCAUACCGGAGAGAAGCCUUUUACAUGUGACCAUUGCCAUCGAAGCUUUACUCUAAGAAAAUAUAUUGUAAGGCAUCUUCGCAUUCACACGGAAAAAAAUCCGUUUAAUUUUAACAUUUUCUGUUUCGUAGAUUUCGCCAAUACGAAGGAAAGGAAGUUUGUGUGUGGAGAUUGUGGCAAAGGAUUCUCUCGGAAAUACGUCUUGCAACGACAUAGGAUGAUUCACACGGGAGAAAAGCCGUUCAGUUGCCAGUUAUGUAGAAAAAGGUUCAAUCAAAGUUCGGAUUUACGAAGGCACCUGAGGAUUCAUACCGGAGAGAAGCCUUUUACAUGUGACCAUUGCCAUCGAAGCUUUACUCUAAGAAAAUAUAUUGUAAGGCAUCUUCGCAUUCACACGGAAAAAAAUCCGUUUAAUUAAGUGCGAUUAUUGUUUACAAAAGUUCUCUUUCAAAAGUAAUGUGAAUUAUCACAUUAAACGCCAUAGCAGAGAGAAUAUUAAUUAACAUAAAUAUAGUAAACACUUUGAAAGUUGUUAGGAGUGAUUUAGUUCCAAACAUUACCAUUUAUUAUUACUUUUUGAAUUUUUCUUCAAAUUUUAUUAAUGUAGUUGUAUUACAAACAUAAAAU